AUGUCCGGGUCGUCCAUCUCAUCACCGGUUGACAGCGUUCUGGAUGUCAUAGGCAGAACACCAUGCGUCCGUCUCCGCAAAGUUGUUCCUGAAGGCUGCGCCGAUGUCUACGUCAAGCUGGAAUACCUGAACCCAACCGGCUCUUACAAAGACCGUAUGGCGAGAGCCAUAGUCGAGGAGGCCGAGCGGAGAGGCGAUCUGAAGUCUGGCAUGACUGUUGUCGAAGCCACCGGAGGCAGUACCGGCUCAUCACUGGCCUUCGUUUGCACUCUCAAGGGAUACGGCUUUCGUGCAGUCUGCUCAAAUGCUUUCGCUGCCGAAAAGCUGAGGACGAUGGCUGCUUUUGGCGCUGACGUCGACAUUGUCCACAGCCCAACAGGCAAGAUCACUCCGGACCUCUUCCCAAAGAUGGUAGAGCGCGCAAAGACACUCGCUGAAGAAGACAAUAAUUAUUACGCCGCCAACCAGUUCAGGAAUGCAGAUGGCAUUGUGGGAUACAAGAGUUUGGGGCAAGAGCUUUUGGCCCAGUUUCCGCAAGGCAUUGACGCUUUCUGUAGUGCCACUGGCGGGGCUGGCAUGAUCAUAGGAACGGCAACGGUACUGAAGGCGUCGGAUCCUAAAACGCGCAUCGUUGUUCUUGAGCCAGAGUCGUCUCCGGUGAUCACCAAGGGUCAUGGAGGCACUCAUGGUAUAGAAGGCAUCAGCCCAGGAUUCUUUCCUCCGUUGCUGGAUAAGUCGCUUUAUGACGAGGCCCGCGGUAUCUCUGAAGAAGAUGCACGAAAGAUGUGCCGUAGACUUGCCAAAGAGGAGGGCCUACUCACUGGAACCUCAACUGGACUGAACGUUGUUGCUGCUAUUCAGCUGGCGAAGGAGCUUGGCCCUGGGAAGACCGUUGUCACAGUUGCUUGCGAUACCGGUCUGAAGUAUAUGAGCGGAGCGCUUUAUCAGUGA